CUGUGGUAAGCACAAUUUCCCGUCGGUUUUUCAGUAGCUGUAGCUGCACCGAUCUCUAGCUUUUCAAUUCAGUAAACCCUCAGGCCAACGAUCAUAAUCCUUUCGCCUUCAACGCAUGUUGAGCGGUCACCAUUCUCCAUCUCAGGCUGGUAGGCCUACAAAGCACUCGCUCAUAUGUGAUCGCACCGAGACAUUUCUUGAUGCUUUUCGCACGGGCCGGUUUUCCGACGUAAAAAUAAUAUCCCAUAAUCACGUAUAUCGCUUACACCGAGUGAUACUCCUGCAGUCUCCCUUUUUUAAACGACUGUUGCUGGAUGAGAACGGUGGAGAGGUGGUCAUUGUUGAGGGAUUUUUGGGUGUUGAGAUUGGCGGAGAUUGGAGGGUGACUAGAGAAGGUGUACAGACAGCUCUCCGAGACCUCUAUGCCGCUUCUCAACGCGCAUCCAUAACUCCUCUCAACGUGCUUUCGAUUCUUCCAGCAGCUUGCUUCUUUGAGCUACAUUCCCUGAAAUCUUACUGCGUCAAUACGAUCCUUACCACACUCUCCACUGACACAAUCGUCACUUACGCUACUCAACUCGAAAGACUACGGCCUCACGGUGUCCUCAGCUCGCCGUACGGUCACAAGCACGCAUACGGUAGGCUCUUUGCAGAGUGUCACCGGAAACUGAGCGAAGCUGUAUUAGGCUUCCUCUGUGGAGUUGUCAAUGUGGGAUUGGCUAAGGAGAUCCCUGAUAGCGAGAAGGGCCAUGCCAUGUCUGCUGAGCAAGUAUUGACCAGGUUGCCAUUGUGUUGGGUGCGCCGGGUGCUCGAAAGUGACUUGCUGUGUGUUCAAAGCGAAUUCGAGAGAUAUGAAUUGGUCAAGAGGGUAGUUGGAUCAAGGCGCGUGACAGGAUGUAGGGUCCUUGCAGAUGAUGUUCCGAUCAAACAGGAGUUUCUCAGCGACAACGAUUGCACAUUUACCCGAAAUGACGACCUGGAGGUGUCUCUAUGGAGUGAAACUGCUAGCGUAUUGGAGGAUACGACGAACCAUAGUAACAGCGCAGAUUCAUUAACGAGAAAUGCAGGUCCUACCGAUGCCGUUCUACGUCUCCGAAACUAUUUCGGCAACCUCUUUGAAAAGGUGGUGCCCACAAACAUUGGGGCACGUAAGAGAAAACGGACGGAUAAUUCUGAUGACGAGAGCCCCUUUGGCCUAACCAAUGGGCGAGAAGGCGAAGAGGAGCAAUUUGUAGAAGCCGUUGAAGAUUUUGCACAGGCCCCACAUACGUCUAUCCGUACACCAACACGGCGAGUGCCUGCGCAUGGCCGAUCACCGAUAUCCUCACCGCGCAGCAUUAACAGGCACUAUAUUCCGGGCGCACUCUCUCCUACCCCUCAGGCAACUCCUGAAGAUGCUGUAAUGGCAGGUGUAUUUCAAACCGCCGUCAUUUACACCUACAUGACCUUUCCUCAGCUUGAGCUCGUGAAACGUGACGGCAUCGUUCCAGAUGCUGUCGUCCUGGAAAGCUUCUGGACACAGGCGGAGCUGAUGAAUGGAGGACGGAGUGCAGCGCGAAAGGGCUUUCAAAAAUUCCGGUUUGCGGUCAAGUUCAAAAAUGUUGCAAACUACUUUCUUGGUAAAAGUGGACAGCAUCUGGGUUCGAUGUACCCUUCAGUGUCCGAUACAGGGACCGACAUUACAAAGCCGGGAAUUAUGUGCUCCGAAUCUGUUUUGUGCGCUGGUCUCCAAUACCGGGUACUGUUGACUUUGGGACCCGAGGAUGAUAAUGACGAUUCGGAGCGAUGCAGCCCGUCGAACCAUAGUCCAUCCGAGUACUCUUCCCAAAAGCCCGUACCUGCGGACGAGCAGGCGGGAAAAUCCAGGGAGGUUUUCAGGGUGUUGCUGCAGAGGAACAGAGUCGGGGAGGGGAGCACAGGAAAGAGAAAGGAGUCUGGAGUUCUCUCAAAUAUUUCCCAUUCAGUCGGGAGCUCAUCCCGCGCGUCGGGGCCCACGACAAUGCCGAGUGAAACUCCCUCGACACCUAGUCAGACAUCACCAUCUAUAUCCUACCGAAUCUAUAUCUUUGAUCCUCAAAACUUUACCAGCCCUGGUAAGACCCACCCCCAAUGGAAGGAAUUCGUCAAGCCCGUAACGGCAUGUGAUCACGAUGGUAGCGGCUUUGUCAGAGGGUUUAGUGUGCCACCUUUAACGACUGCAGAUUGGGAAGGUGAAAAGGAGAAUAUGGGGGUGGGAAAAGCCAGCAGUCGCAAAGGAAAGGAGAAGGGACAAGAACCAGGGUUAUGUGAUGACAGCAACGGAGAUCUUUGGGCAGUUGUUGUCAUUGAGUUUUAGUAAAUGUUAUGGGUCAGAAAUAGUAAGGUAAAAUAUACUGUUUUGGGGCACGUUGAUCCUGUGUAGGAGUUCGAAAACAGUACUGGUUCGAGCUACAGGCAAAUUAUAUAGUCCAUGCACGUUGAGCAGUUUUCACUAGUUCGUUCGCAAAUCCCAUAUGUAUUCCUCCC